AAUUUCUAUAGUUUCAUGCGACAACGACUUUGGACAAAUACUUAAACUAAAGCUAACCUAAACAUACACGUUAGCCUGAAGACCUCACAUCGCUAGUCAGGGACGUUCGACUUGAGAAGGACAAAAGGACGAAGAUUGACUAAACGAUAUUAAAAUAUCUACUAAAAUACGGAUAUUGCAAAUCUCGGAAACCUCCCUUUCUUCGCCACCGAAACCCAACAACUUUUAAUAUCGUUUACCGGAGGAGGUGGAAGAUGUCCAAUCCGGUCGAGCAAAAUACCCCUACGACCAGCAGAGGUACUGAAGGUAAGAAGAAGCCCGAAAAGACACGUCCCUCUCGAAAGCAAAAAUCAAAUAAAGACCCCCCCAUCGACCCCCUACGCGACCCUAAAGCUAAGAAAAACACGUCUGUCGGUUCCCGAUCGCGCGCGGGUGACAAUAAAUCACCAGUAUCUUCCCGGAUUCGAGCUUCCAAAAAACACUGUGUUAUGUGCGCGGGUGUAGAAGAUGGUGAGUUAGUUCGGUGUAAAACUUGUGGCUGUCGGUACCAUGUCAGCUGUGCAGGAGUUUCCCAGGACGUUGCGGAUUGCGACUGGAGUUGCUUGAAAUGCGAAACCGCGAAAGUACAUCAGGAUAAGCAGAAGACGUCCAAGAAGAAGACCACCAAUGCAGAGCAGCCGACGAAGCCGAUUAGGAGAAGUUCUAAGAGGAUGGAUUCUGGUAAACCAAAUAAAUCGGUGAAGGAUUCAACCUCUAAGGAUCGCCGACAGAAACCAAAAGCUUCUGCCCCCGAAAUAUCAGCGAACGUGGAUGCUAUGUUGGCCGCUGAAAUCGACAAGUUGGCGAACGUCUCGACGAAAGCGAAGUCUAUAGUGUCCAAUUCAUCGUGCAAAUCGGCACUAUCGCUGAAGCUGCAGAUGCAGAAAGUGUUGGCCGAAGAAACGUUGAUGCUUGAGGAGAUGAAGCGACGACGGGAGUUCAUGAAGAAAAAGUUCGAGCUGAUGGAGGAAAUUGCUGAGGUACAAAGCUGUCCAGUACCAGGGGCCCGAACAACAGAUCCUUUAACGAAGGUGAAAGGUUGGCUCCAGAAGCAGCGUCAAGCCGAAAAUGAAUCAGUAGCGGCGGAUGACGAUGAGCACGAUAGCGACGAUGAUACGGAGGACAACAUGGACGACGACGAGGAUGACGACGCCGGAGAUACCGAAUCAAGCUCGGAGUAUGCGGCCGACGAAGAAGGUGACAACUCGUCGGGCGAAACGGAACCGGAAAGCGUCGAUAGCGAAGACGGUUCUAGCUCAGCAGACGAGUCAUACCACGAGCGAGGUGAUGAACACCAUGAGGAAAGAUUUUCUCCUAGGGAACGUUCAACUCCGGUACAAGUGAGGGCUUCCAGAACGUCAAAUCGGGUGAAGCAUUCCCGGUCUAGUGCCACGCUUUCCCGCGACCAGAUUGCGGCACGUCAGGUUGUGCCAUGUGAUCUCCCGAAGUUUGGCGGCAGCCCAGAGGAAUGGCCGAUGUUCAUAUCGACAUUCGAAAGUACGACGAGAAUGUGUGGCUACAAGGACGAGGAGAAUAUGAUCCGCCUUCGAAACUGUUUAAAAGACGAAGCGUUUACCUCUGUGCGGAGCUUUCUGAUGCAUCCGUCGAUGGUAUCGAAAGCGAUUAGCGUCCUGAAACUUAGGUUUGGUCAACCGCAUAUGAUCAUCAGUACGUUGCGCGAGAAGGUGCUAGCUACGCCACCGAUUAGAACUGAUUCGAUCGAAAAGCUAGUAGACUAUGCACUUGCCGUACAGAACUUGUGUUCGACUAUCGAUGCUUGUGGGCGGAAGGAGUAUAUGCGUGAUGCGACUCUGAUGCAAGAACUCGUUUGCAAGCUUCCCUCCGCUAUUAAACUGGAUUGGGCGAGGCACAGCAAAACACUAGCGAAGGUGACCCUAUCAACCUUCUCCGAUUGGAUUUUCUCGAUUGCGGAAGAUGCAAGCAUCGUAGCAAACCCUCGAAAGUCCCACAGCUACGAGCAGGAGCCACGCAAUAAGCGCCAAGGAAAGGUUUUCGUCAACACUCACGUUGAAUCUUCUCCAUCGGUAGCGGGUGGCCAGAAGGUUACUGGCAAUCGGCCGAACGUCGUUUCUAGCGGCAAAACCUCGAUGGAAGGACCGACCAUAUGCCCUACUUGCAAGGGCAGCUGUCGAACUGCAGCGAAGUGUAAGCGUUUCCUCGAUCUCUCAUAUGAAGCAAAAUGGGCAGCCGUUCGCGAGCUCAGAAUAUGCCGUCGUUGCCUACGACAGCAUGGAGGUAACUGCAACAGCAAGCCGUGUGGAGUCAACGGGUGUACAUUCAAGCAUAAUUCGCUUUUGCACAAGAGCCUCGUUGCACCAGGUGAAAUCACAGGCAGCCCGGGUAGCCCUAACCCGGCCAAGGCGAAUGAAGAACGCAGUAUCAACACACACCGCGUCGAAACUGGCCUAGAACUGUUCCGGUACAUCCCUGUAACGUUGUUUGGGCCGACGAAGCAAGUGGAGUGCUACGCUUUUCUUGAUGAUGGAUCCGAGCUGACGUUGUUGGAUGAGCAGAUCGCCAAGGAUUUGGAUUUGAUCGGUGGUGCGAAGCCGUUGUGUUUGAAGUGGACUGGAGGAACUCACCGCUUCGAGGAGAAGUCAAGAUGUGUGGACAUCGGAAUUUCCGGAUCGGCGGGAAGAAGGUUUGAGCUAAGCGGAGUGCGGACGGUUGAAGCGCUUGAGCUACCAUAUCAAAGCUUGAACGUCGAGGUACUUCAGGAGAAGUAUAAGCAUCUGCGCAGUAUCCCAGUGGAGUCGUAUAAUCGUGUCCAACCAAGGAUCCUAAUAGGAGUCAAGCAUGCCAAUGUUUCGUUGGUAAGACGGUGCCGAGAGGGAAAGGAAGGCGAGCCCAUCGCCGUGAAGACCCAUCUGGGGUGGACAAUCUUCGGAGGUUGGUCGAAGCAAGAAUCGAGCAACGGCGGGAGCCAUAUCUAUCACAUUUGUGCGUGCAACCUACAGAACGAUGAACAACUGCACCUGGCAGUGAAGCAGUACUUCAGCCUGGAUAGCCUGGGAAUCAUGAUGCCAGUUGCGGCCUCAGUAUCUAAAGACGACGAGAGGGCCUUGAUGUUGCUCAGCUCGCUCACGCAGGUCACCGGUAAUAGAUACCAAACCGGACUGCUCUGGCGUUUCGAUAAUAUUCGCCUUCCGGACAGCCGGCCAAUGGCCUUACAGCGGCUCAAGUGUCUAGAAAGGCGUCUAGCCAAAAAUGCCGAUCUGAAGCUUGCCUACGAUGGGAAACUAGCAGAAUACGAAACGAAAGGGUACAUUAGGAAGGUAACCCAGAAGGAGAUAGAGCAAAACAAAGGUCACUCUUGGUACCUUCCCACGUUUCCGGUUAUAAAUCCCAACAAGCCAGGAAAGAUCCGUAUUGUAUGGGAUGCAGCAGCAACCGCACAUGGAGUAAGUCUCAACUCUAUGCUGCUUACUGGUCCAGACUUGUUAAGCUCGUUGGUGGCCGUCCUGAACCAAUUUCGGGAAAACCGCAUAGGCAUUUGUGGAGACAUUCGCGAAAUGUUUCUCCAGAUCGGAAUACGUCGAGAGGACCAGUUCUACCAGCUGUUUCUAUGGAACGACAACGUGAAUCAGGAAGAACCCAGCACGUACGUUGUCCCCGUAAUGAUCUUUGGGGCCCGGUCAUCGCCAACUACAGCGCAAUUCGUUAAAAACCAGAAUGCUCAGAGGUUCCGUGCCGAGUUCCCCGUGGCAGUUGAAGUCAUUGAAAAAAAGCACUAUGUGGACGACAUGCUUGCCAGCACCGAAACGGAAGAUGAAGCCAUCGACCUGGCAAAGUCGGUGAAAAACGUUCAUGCUCAAGGCGGCUUUGAUAUAAGGAACUGGGUAUCUAAUUCCGCCAAAGUUUUGAAUGAGCUGAACGAAAGCCCGACGAGUGAGAAGUCCCUAAACAUUGCAACCGACAUUGCGACGGAGAAAGUCUUGGGGAUGUGGUGGAACACCUCAACCGACUGCUUCACCUUUAAGAUCUGCUGGACCAGGUUUGACGCAGUAUUGUUUGACGGAAGCAGAGCGCCUACCAAACGUGAACUUCUUCGGAUCCUGAUGAGUAUCUUUGAUCCGUUGGGACUCAUUUCGCAGUUCCUAAUGAUCCUCAAGGUUACACUCCAAGAAGUAUGGCGUAAGGGACUGAAAUGGGACGACCAGAUAGAAGGCAAGCAGCUCGACGAUUGGCAGACGUGGACAAAAUUGCUACCGAAGCUGGAGGAACUCCAAAUACCUCGAUGUUACCGCCAGAUCACAACAACUGGAGCCCAGAUUCAAAUGCACACAUUCGUGGACGCUGGAGAUAAAGGGAUGGCUGCAGUCGUGUAUCUACGGUUCGAAGAAAAUGGAAUCAUCGAAUGCGCUUUAGUCGGGGCGAAAACACGGGUUGCACCAUUGAAGUACCUGUCAACGCCGCGUUCGGAACUCCAGGCUGCUGUCAUCGGAGCGAGAUUAUCCAACAGUACUAUGAAGUCAUUGUCUCUUUCAGUGUCGCAGCGCUUCUUCUGGUGUGACUCACGUAACGUACUGUGCUGGUUACGUUCCGAUCACCGUCGUUACAGCCAGUAUGUUGCGGCGAGAACGAGUGAAAUUCUAGACACUACGGAAGUUAACGAAUGGAACUGGAUCAAAUCGGAGUGGAACGUAGCAGAUGAUGGCACGAAAUGGACCGGGCAGGUGCAGAUGAAGUCCGACGAUCGUUGGUUUCUAGGGCCGGCAUUUUUGCAGAAAGCGGAGCGAGAUUGGCCAGUUAUCCCGUACAACCAAGAAACUACGACCGAAGAGCUUCGUACCAGUGUUCUGGUGCACAGGAAAGUUCGGGAUCCAGUGGUUGUGGCUAGUGACUACUCUAGCUGGAAUCGUCUGCUAAAAGUUACGGCAUAUGUACAGCGAUUCGUGUACAAUCUACAAGCGAAACGACAGGGAUUAGUUUCACAUCAAGGACCAUUGUCUAGUGAAGAAUUGCGACAGGCUCAGCUGUACCAUUUUCGGCAGGCGCAACAAGAGGUGUAUCACGAAGAGAUGUUGGUGCUAAAGGAGGGGUCGAAAAAUAGAGAGAACGUGCGGAAGCAAUGGCAACAAUACAGUCGCAGCCAGAUCUACAAGAUGAGCCCAUUCGUGGACGAAGACGGAGUUUUGCGAAUGAACAGCCGAGCUGCGAAGUGCUCUUUCCUGUUUCCGGACGAAAAAUUCCCGAUAAUACUUCCGGACAACCAUCCGGUCACCAAAAUUCUCCUAGUGGAUUUCCAUGAGAGGUACCAUCAUCGCAAUUAUGCUACUGUGGCCAACGAGGUGCGUAGACGGUACUGUAUUCCACGACUUCGUCAAACACUUCGCAAGAUGCGAUGUGGUUGUCAAUGGUGUCGGAACCGGGAUGCGAAACCUGCACCACCAGAGAUGGCAGAACUUCCUUCGGCGAGAAUGGCUGCCUUCACCAGGCCAUUUUCCCAUGUAGGCGUAGAUUUCUUUGGGCCUAUUGAAGUCUUAGUGGGGCGAAGGGUCGAGAAGCGUUGGGGGGUCUUAUUGACGUGUCUAACUGUCCGGGCUCUUCAUAUUGAGGUUGCUAACUCCCUUAGCACCAGCUCAUGCAUGAUGGCGUUGAACAAUUUCAUCGCUCGUCGAGGCACACCAGUGUGCUUUUACUCCGAUAGAGGGACGAAUUUCGUCGGCGCGUCCAAAGAGCUUCGCGACGCUCUGAAGGCGAUUGAUAAGCACGAAAUGUCGAAGGAGUUCACAACACCAGCUACGUCUUGGCAGUUCAACCCACCAUCCAGCGCACACAUGGGCGGUAGCUGGGAGAGGUUGAUUCAAUCGGUAAAGCGGAACUUGACGGAAGUGCUGAAGUGUAGGCGAUCAACGGAUGAGGAACUACGCAGUGCGUUGACACAGAUCGAAUCUGUUCUCAACAGUCGCCCACUUACUGAUGUUCCCGUGGACAAUGAGUCGGAACCGGCUCUGACUCCCAACCAUUUUUUAUUGGGGUCAUCGGAUGGCUCCAAACCCCUGACAUUAUUCGAUGACAGCGUUCAAGCUGUGCGACGGGGAUGGCAGGUGUCCCAAAUGAUGGCGAAUCUUUUUUGGAGACGUUGGCUUCGGAAUUAUUUACCCGAAAUCACUAAGCGAACCAAGUGGUUUAAGAAGGUAAAGCCCAUAGCCGUGGGGGAUAUCGUCGUGAUUGUGGACCCGGAGUUACCACGGAACUGCUGGCCUAAGGGCCGGGUAAUCGGUACAGUAGAAAAAGGAAGUCAGGUACGUAGAGCAACUGUUCAAACUAGCAAGGGAGUGUACGAGCGACCAGCGGUCAAGCUGGCGGUCCUUGAUAUCUGGAGCGAAAAUAGGUAG